AAGUCUAAAUCCGAUCUAAGUCGUUCAGACUCUCUCACUGUUAUCCCCCAAAAACCCUCAGAAAACCUCGUUCUCAGGCCGAAAGCGACAUCAAAAUCCUGUGACCUCUCUUUUAUCCCUAGCAACACGACGACGAUGCGCGUCCAUAGACUCCUCAGUCGCGCUGCCUUCGCUUAUCCAAUUCCAUCGAAGAAAUCAAAGUACCAGCAGCCUAUAGCCGCCGUGCUCGAAGUAGGCGGCGUCAAGAUCGCUAAAGAUGAUGUGGUGAGGGAGAGCGAUCCUACGAACAAUGUUCCGGAUUCGAUUUUUGGGAAGUUGGGGAUGCAGCUGCAUAGGAGGGAGGAUCAUCCGCUUGGGAUUUUGAAGGAUGCGAUUUAUGGAUACUUUGAUGCGAAUUUUGGGGGAAAGUUCGUUAAAUUUGAUGAUUUGUGCCCUAUUGUUUCAGUGACAGAGAAUUUUGACGAUGUAUGUGAUCAUGUAACCAGGAGUUAUAAUGAUACGUAUUAUGUUGAUUCCCAACAUGUCUUGAGGUGCCAUACAAGUGCUCACCAGGCAGAAUUAUUAAGGAAGGGCCAUACUCAUUUUCUCGUAACUGGAGAUGUCUAUCGUAGGGAUUCAAUUGAUUCAACUCACUAUCCUGUAUUCCAUCAGAUGGAAGGAGUUCGAGUUUUCUCACCAGAUGAUUGGGUGGGUUCUGGCAUAGACGCAACUUCUUAUGCUGCUAUGGAUUUAAAGAAGUCUCUGGAGGGCUUGGCAAAACAUUUAUUUGGUGAGGUGGAAAUGCGCUGGGUUGACACUUACUUUCCAUUCACUAAUCCAUCAUUUGAAUUGGAGAUUUAUUUUAAGGAUGAAUGGAUGGAAGUCCUUGGAUGUGGAGUAACUGAGCAAGAGAUACUAAAGAGAAGUGGGAGGAUUGAUUCUGUUGCUUGGGCCUUUGGACUUGGAUUGGAGAGGCUUGCAAUGGUUCUCUUUGAUAUACCUGACAUUCGUCUAUUCUGGUCGACAGAUCAGCGUUUCACCUCACAGUUCUCCAAGGGUCAGCUUGGUGUCAAAUUCAAGCCAUAUUCAAAGUUCCCUCCCUGUUAUAAGGACAUGAGUUUCUGGAUCAGCGAUUCAUUUACGGAGAAUAAUUUAUGUGAAGUUGUAAGAGGAAUUGCUGGUGAUCUUGUCGAGGAGGUAAAAUUGAUUGACAAUUUUACAAACAAAAAAGGCAUGACCAGCAACUGCUACAGGAUUGCAUAUCGAUCAAUGGAACGCUCACUUACCGAUGAUGAGAUAAACAAGCUUCAGUGGGAUGUUAGAAAAGCUGCAGAGGAUAAAUUGAAAGUGACACUAAGAUAAAAAAGUUGUCACUCUUAGAAGCAAGAAGUUAUCCUCAUUUAUAUCGCUAGUGUGAUUGCAGAUGAACAAGAAUGUUGAAUGAUUGAAAAGAAGGCAAAAUCAGUUCGAAUUUGAACUACUUUCGUUGAAGUCAUGAAUGUUUUCUUGAUACGAGCUUGUAAAUUAUUUUGUUUCUUUGCAAAUAAUCUCUCUCUCGUACACACAGGUUGUAAUCCUUGUAACAACAAUAUUUUCAGGAGAGCAACCAGUCUGCCAUUCUCUGUUCAGUGUAAGAAGAGGAAAACGUUGACCAAUCUUAUGUUUGAUAGUUAAACUCCUUCUUCUUCUUUUUUUUAAUUUUUUAUUUACAAGGCGUGAAUGAUGUAUCCGUCGAUUCAGAACUGAUAUUUCAUUCAAAGGUACAUAUUUAAUAUUUUUUCUGAUA